CUUGGACUCCAGGACAGAUCCGAAUCAUUACUUUUCCCUGUAUCAACCGCGCAAUUUUACAUGUACUGUAGUGCCCAAAACCAGCUGUUUCGUGACCGUGUAGAUUUCCAUGAUCGUUGUUCUGAUUAGCGUCUUCAUAUCGAGCAAGUAAUUAGUUAGUUGUGCAGCAAGUGUUUACCAAGCAUUAGUGAGUUUUGUACCGGCGUCCGUGGGUGCCGAUUAUCGUGCAGGAAGCGCACAAGUCGCAUCCUUGGCCAGCGUGCAAAGAUGAAUGGCUUCCGUGCAGUUUUGCUGUGUGGUUUGGUAGGUUUGGCGCUGCUCUCCACAGCGAGUGGCGGAUAUCUGAGUGGCGUUGGAGUGCAGAGACGACCGCUUGGAUCUGCAGCAAGGCUUCGGGAGAGAAAUUGUCCCCAACAAAACCCGACGGUAGAUGGAUAUGUCUUUCAGCCGCUUCUCAACAAGGACGUGUGGGCACUGCAUAGACAGCCGUGCAACGACACAGCCGACCCAGCAGACAGAAGCUGCUCGUACUACUUCACAUUCUGCCAAGCAUUGCCGCAAUCUCUCGGGCUACAUGAGAACUGCUCAACUGCAUCCGUUUGCAAGGUGAAUGAUGCCAUUGACCCACCGGAGACGACUAGCUUGGGAGAGUACAACACCUUCAAAUAUUCCAACCGAGUUUCUAUUGACGCCAGGGGAGAGUUUGUGAUCGAUUUUGAAGUCCCGGACGAGAAAAUCAUCACUGCACUCGCCUUCUACUGCAAUGCAACGUUGUCGUGGACGGAUAUUCCGACGUCGUUCAACGAAAGCCUCGCUCCCGGCCUCAUUGGGGUUGUACAUUCAGGCUAUGAUAGCAUGUUUGACAUGCAGUUCUUCUACGACGGAGCGUGCUAUUCUGGUUCCAGCUCACCGUCCGGGGGACUCAACGGCGGCGCGGUCUUCGCCAUCGUUCUCUUCUCUCUGAUCAUUGCCUACGUCGUUGGCGGAACUUUCAUCAACAUGGCAUUCCGUGAGCGCAAUGGCAUCCAAGCCUUCCCCAACUACGGCACCUGGUCGAAGAUCUUCGG